GAAGUCACUUCAGGGGUGGGUGGGGUUUGGAAGGUUGCUGUGUGUGGCCAUGUUGUAUCUUGUUUUGAAUCCCUCUGAUUUCAGAGCCGUUUUUAUGGUCUAAGAAUCUGCUCUUGCUGUUGGGAGUGUGAGGAAUAGUUGUGAUUCUCAGGUUAUAUGCAGUACCAGAAAUCAUUUCCUUAGCCGGAAGAGAGAACAGAGAACGUGCUCAAGAAAAUUUGUUGAAAGGCACCCCGAUGAGGGAAGAACGGCUGCUUCCAGCCUCCGGGGCCCCUCAGCUUUGGGCUCCCGCAGGGCCCCAGAACUGUGGGAUCACGGCCACGAGGAGAGGCCCCGACGCCAGUACUUCCUCUAAUGGACACAGGGCCUUUGAGCACUGGGUGAAUGGGGCCCCAUUCCCCAGUAGCUAUGUGUGUUUGCGAGCGUUUUCAGUCGGCCUGCAUCCACCCGGUCCCUUCAGCCAGAACCCUAGGAGCCCCGCCCCCAUCCUCCCGGGGCUGCUUUCUCACCCGUGUCCCUGCCGCAGUGGCUACGCACCCCUCAGACUGGCUGCCCAGCGCGGUUUCCACGCCCAAUCUGCCGCGACCCCAUCACUCCAUCCUCACCUAACCCUGACUCCUGCUUGUCCUCCAGCCUGGGCUCCUCCCUCCGCUGGCCAAGUCAUGCCAAGCAGUUUGCGGUUACAGGACGGGUGGUGGCCUCUGCAUAUGUGCAGAGUAUGGAGGGCCCAGGGACGCGAGGCUCCCCGAUGGGCAACCUCCCCUUCCUUUGCUUUUCCCCAGAGCCCCCUCCUGGCCUGCAUUCGGCAUCUUCUCAGGUCGUCAUCGCCCUCUGCGGUGCCUGCGCUCGGGGUGAGGGUUUUUGUCAGCUUUUGUUACAUCACCAAUGUAACAGUGCCUGGCACGUAGUAGGUGCUCAAUAAGUUUGUUGUUGCAUGCGCUUUAGUCUCCCCUAAUGCUUGUCCCUUCCGGGCGCUCUCAUCGCUCUCCUACCUUCUCCGCUACACAGCUCGAAGGUCCACUCCUCCGGGAAUCUCACCCGUCCCACUUGCCAGGAAGAAUCAAGCAAAUUUUCUGAGUGAGACACCUUGUCCUCACUCAGGCGUCUUGUAGGCGGCUUCAGUGAGUUGUUGGGGCAGAUGCGCCGGGAGCUCCCGAGGGCAGGGACGGCGUCUUAUUUCUCUUUUUAAGUCCACAGGGCUUGCACAAUAGAUGCCCGAAAAAUGAGAGUGAAUUUAGAAUGAGUGACCGAGUGGCUGAAGAUUGCCUCCUUCCUUUCCCAGUCUGUUGGUUACUUACCCUGUGACAAGCCCUUGGGACGGGCAGUCACCCUUCUCUGGCCUAUGACUGCUAGCUGCCCCCACUGACACGUUAUACCCUUGAUCUGAUCGUAAAUAAGAAGCAGCCCGGGAACCUCGAGACUGAAACUGAUUUAGAGACUUCUGGGAGCUUUUUUCACUUCCCUCCUCCCAUCCGGCCAGGACAGAUCCCCACCCAGGAAGGGGCUAUUGACGGUAGCAGGCUGCGCGCCCAGAACUGGGACUGGGAUCGUGGCAGGGUGGGGCGGGCAUGGGGACCCGGCCGGGAGGUGAGCGCAGCUGAAGCUGCCGUUCAGCUUGUGGGUAGCACUCGGGCCGAGCCAUGCAGGUGGCGCGCGUGAACUACAUUGCUCCCUGGUGGGUCGUGUGGCUGCACAGUGUCCCGCACCUCGGCCUGCGCCUGCAGCCCAUGAACAGCACCUUCAGCCCCGGCGAUGAGAGUUACCAGGAGGUGAAGCAGAACCUGAUGAACGUCUCCUACCACAUCGCCCAGGACACCAGCAUCAUUGCUGACCUGUGGGCCGAGAUCCAGCGACUCAAGUGCAAGACUGAUGAGCAGACUGGGCGGGGCCAGGCCCGGGGCCGGCAGGAUCGGAGUGACAUCCUCUACAUCCAAGCUGAGGUCCAGCUGCACAGCGGGCAGAGUGAUAAGGCCAGCAUGGGACAGCUUCGGGAGCAGCUCGUCAGCGCCUUCUGGGAGCAGAUGGGUGUGUGGAGGCGCCUGCUGGAGCUGGAGAACCGCGCCAUGGAGGUCCAGAUUAACACCUCCCGACACCUGCUCACCACCGCCAGCUGGAAGCACCAGAAGUCCCGCUGGGCCCUCAAAUGGCGGGAGGAGCAGCGGAAGGAGUGCUACGCUAAGGACAACAGCAAGAAGGACUCAGACACAGGCGAUGACCAGCCAGACAUCCUGGAGCCGCCCGAGGUGGCUGCAGCCUGGGAGAGCAUUGCAGCCCUGGUGGGCGAGCAGAAGCAGCUGCAUGAGCAGAAGCUGGCGCUGGAGCAGCGCUGCCAGGAGCUGCACGCGGAGGGCCGGCGCCUGAAGGAGAGGCAGUGGCGCGUCGGCUCUGGGAAGCGGCGCGAGAUGCUCAGCCUGCUGUGCUGCGUGCACGAGCUCGAGAUGAACACCCUGAUGCAGCUUGAGGCCGUGCGCCGCCGGGAGCAGGACUGCAGUCUCUGCUACGAGAUUUUCCAGGGCCAGCAGCAGAUCAUCGAUGACUACAACCUGGCCGUCCCGUAGCGCCUGGAAGAGCUCUACGAUGUGAACCUGCGGGAGCUGGAGGAGGGCAGCCUGGAGCAGGCCACCAUCAUGGACCAAGUGGCCUCCAGGGCCCUGCAGGAGAGCUCCUUGCCCAAAAUCACCCCAGCAGGGACCUCGCUGACCCCAGAUUCUGACCUGGAGAGUGUGAAGACAUUGAGCUCUGAUUCCCAGUGCCUGCAGAACAGCGCCCUCCCUCCCCUCAGCACAGAGAGUGAAGGCCACCAUGUGUUCAAGGCUGGUACUGGGGCCUCGCAGGCAAAAAGCUCUUCUGUGCCCACCCUACCUCCCAUUCAGCUUGGCAGCCUGAUGACGCAGAAGGGUCCGGCUAAGGACAGCCUGGGCAGCUGGAUCAACUCUACCGACAGCAGUGAGAAAUUGUCGGAGAUCCCUUUGUCCCACAAAGAGAGGAAGGAGAUCCUGACUGGCGCCAAGUGCAUCUCAGUGAAGGCUGCCUGGCAGCGCUUGUGGGCCCUGGGCACCAAGGGGCGACACCUGCUGGCGCCCACGACAGAGCGCAGAAGCCUGUCCUUGCAGUCACUGAGUGAGGGCAACGAUGCGUGGCUGCCCAGCCCCACGCUGCAGCAUGCUGCCAGUGAGGAUAACCUGUCCAGCAGCACGGGCGAGGCCCCGUCCCGGGCAGUCGGGCAUCAUGAGGACAGGCAUCUUCUGGCUGCGUGGCCAGAAGAAAAAAGCCUGGGCAUGAAAAGGGAGGAGUCGCUGGAGGCAACUCCAAGGAAGGAGAGGUCCCGAUACUUCGAGAUCACCGGGCAAGGGGUGAGGUGAGGCGAGGCCUCCCAGCCCUGGACAGAAUGCUGUUGCCAAACCCUAAACAGCCCUGAGGCCAGCCUCGGCCUUGGAAACCAGAAAGCAGCAACAGUGAGACAGGGCUCAUGGCGCAGGUGUGGGGCAUGGGCAUCCUGGAUGGUUGGGGAGGCGCCGACAGGCACUUCAGGUAUUACAACUGGGGAUCUUUUUCUCCCCCCCCCCCCUUUUUAACAAUAAAAUCCCAUUUGGGUCUUGA